AUGGUCCUAAUUCAUAAUCCGUAAUCUUGAAUGCCAAAUGCGUAAUGUAAUCCGGGCUUAAAGUACUGCCUAGGAAUUUAAGUUCAAUUUGAAAUUCAGCGGAGCGCGGCAGACUCACGCUUCGUCGAUCAGUUCGUCCGGACCGAGAAUUCCAAACGAUGUGAGAGCAUCGAGAGGACUCCCCGCUUAUCGACCAGCUGGCGCAUAACGCAAAACGGUUACGCAAUAACGUUAUUCCACGGGCGAGGCGGAAGUGGCGCAGCUAUAACUCAGGAGGGAUCAGUUAAGCUACGUUAUCGAAAUGUGUUAUUGAAAUAAAUAUACCUGCAAAAAUUACAAGCACAUAACAAUGGAACAUUCCGAGUUAGUGGCAGAGAUGGUACACGUUGAAAGACUGACCACGCAAGAACGGUUACACUUGGCACGGCAUCGUAGACUUCAACAGUUAAAAGUAUGGAGACAACGUGAGAAGGAAUGGCUGCGACACCAAACUAGGCAUACGAGUAAUAAACGUCAUAUAUACUUUAGCGAUAGUGUUAUGUUGUUAGAAGCUGCAGCGAGGAAUGACAUCGAUGAAGUAAGAAGACUUUUGAAGAAGGGUGUAAAUCCUGACUCAACGAACGAAGACGGUUUGACAGCACUGCAUCAAUGUUGCAUAGAUGAUAAUGAGGAAAUGAUGAAGUUACUCAUUGAAUUUGGUGCUAAUGUGAAUGCGGAGGAUAGUGAAAAAUGGACACCGUUACACGCUGCUGCUACGUGUGGUCACUUAUAUUUAGUCAAAUACCUCAUUGCCAGAGGUGCAAAUUUAUUAGCUGUUAAUGCAGAUGGCAACAUGCCAUACGACAUUUGUGAAGAUGAGAAAACGUUGGAUUGUAUCGAAGGGGAAAUGGCGAGGCGAGGAGUCACUCAAGAAUUAAUAGAUGAAACGAGAGCUUCAACAGAGGUUCAAAUGUUACGCGAUUUACAAAAGAUUGUUUCUUUAGGAGGCGACCUUGAAUACAAAGAUCAUCAAGGUGCCACGCCUCUUCAUAUAGCAGCGGCAAAUGGGUACUUAAGAGUCAUAGAAUUUCUUCUUGAUCAGCAUGUAUCAACAGACGUGGAGGACAAUGACAAGUGGCAGCCAGUUCAUGCAGCUGCAUGUUGGGGUCAUUUGGAAGUACUUGAAUUAUUAGUGCAAAACGGAGCAGACUUAAAUGCAAAGAAUAAGCAUGACGAAACUCCCGCGGAUAUAUGUGAAGAUCCGGAAAUUAGAGAGAGGAUAGUAGAAUUGAAAACAGAACAAGAGAGUAAACGACUUCGUGAAGCGCAAGGACGUAGGGUACGCAGAUCGCAAAGCAUAAACACACGAACACAAAGCGUACGUCGGACAUCUAUUCGAGACAAAGUUCUUACUACGAAAAAAGAUGCUCAGGAAGAAGCUCGCUUGAGAUUACAAGCGCAACAGACGUAUGUUAGCACUCCUACAACUAAUAUACCGCCGUUGGAGAACAGUACGCAGGAAGUAGGGGACCACGAGACUGAUUCCAGCGCGCUGACUUCAGCGGUACGGAAAGGUCCCGAAGGAAAAGACAAUGAGUCUUUUCUUCACGAAGAUGUUGAUAAAGAUUCAGCAGUGACAGGAUCUGACCCACUGGUCGGCAGCCAGCAGCAGUCGCCGAUUUACUCUACGGACGCCGACACCAACACCAACGGCAAGAUCAACAUACACGUAUCCGUUGUUUUCGUGAAAUCUUUGUCGGAUCUGAAGAAGAAACGGGCCCAGAAUCGGCAUAUAUCCGGUGGCUCCUUAGACGCGAACGGGAACGGCAUCCCGAUGCCGGUCUCGUCCAUCUCCAAUUCCGAUCUCAGCACUGACGAUCUCACCCAGCGCUUCACUGGGAACACCAGUGAGAUCGUGAGCGAUAAUCACUCGGAGAAGAGCUGCUGCACUGUCAUGUAACGCGCUAAUUAUGUACAAUCUCGUUUUCCUUGUCCUUGCCCACUGUUGUCUACGAUGUCAUCGGAGCUCACUGAAAUCUUUCACACACGAACAUAUUCCCGCAAUUAUCUUCCAGUAUUUUUUUUGAAGACUCAACGCUGCGUUCUUGUACAUAAUUGUUCGAGUUGCGCGUUUAAUCCGAGCCCGAGGGUCGUGAUAUUUUUUAUUAGAUAUAUAUAUAUUUUCGUAGAAAUAUAGUGACAUUAUGUACAUCACAGAUAAUAUCCGCAGGAAGGCGUACUGACAGCGUUAAAAUCAAAACAAUUGUCGGUUUUGAUGUCGCGCGAACGUGUACUUAAAUCGUGACGAAACGUUUUUGUACGAUUGUUACGAAUUGAAUCGCAGCGCUUGAACAAGUUCGGUAUCAAGAAUACCUUAUUACGAUAACUAGAACGUGUACUUACAUUUGUAGAAAUAUAAUUGCAUUUUCAAAUUGUUUACAAUUAUCCAGCGCCUAAAGCGUUCAAGUAUUGUACAGACUUUUACUUUAUUUAUUGUUAUAUUAAAGGAAAUGUAUAGACUAUACUAGGGAGAUAAGAGAUGAGUGUCACAAUUCGUAGAUAUUCCACCUAGAUUCGAAUUUUUCUAGUAUCUUCGCAGACAGGUAUAAGACUAUCAAACAUCUUCCAAUAUUUUUUAUGAGACUCUAGGCUGUAAGGAUUGAGUAGAAACUGUUUUUUAUAUCGAUUUAAAUAUUAUUUGUAAAUUUUGAUAUGUAAUAUUUAUCUGUCUAUUACAACUUUAGAUCCUUCACUUGAAUUCCUUGUUCCACAUAUAGCAAUCGCUAUAUAUUGCUGAUUUACAAUUUUGCACCUGUGUUGCGUCUUUGGCAACGCGUGAAACGUUCGAUUUUAAUUCGAUAAUGCGUGCUGGAGAUAUUCAAGAUACAAAUACAUAAACUUUACUUCUUCUUUUUUUUUUUAAAGUAAAGUUUAUGCAUCCCCGUGUAACGAGGGAGAAAUUUAGUAAAUCAAAACGGUAAAAAAUUUUAUAUUCGAAAUCACGCAUGUGUACGGGACCGUAUGUGAAACAAUAAUCUGUCCUGCCGAACGGUCGUACUUUUUGUACACUUUUAUGUUAAACCGCAUCCAAAUUAGAAAUACAAAAAGGGAUCUUCGAAGGAAGUAAAUAGUACAAAUAAAAGCUCAUACAUUCCUUCCGUGAUGCAUAAUAAACGUUGCCAAACUUUGUGCGGCUUCCGGCCUUACGACGACUGUCGCGUGACUCGUUUCGCGUCUUGCAAUUGCGUUAAUCAUGGAAUUUCUAAUAAUAAUAAUCGCCACUGAUUAUUCUAAUUAACAGUACGUAACACACGUGCGAUUGUUCAUACAUGAUUUGAUUAAGAAUGUCUAUGGCGAAAGUUGAUUUCAAUGGCUGUAUUUGAAAUGAAUUUAUGUGACGUCUAU